CAGACGCCGGCUGAAGCGGGAAUCAUUUCAGUAACUUAUAACUCAGAUCUUCACCAAACAAGAUACAAUGUCCGGAAUUGCAGCUUCUAGAUUGGGCGAGGAACGAAAAGCUUGGCGCAAAGAUCAUCCAUAUGGCUUUGUGGCACGUCCAGUGAAAAACAUAGACGGAUCGCUGAAUCUAAUGACAUGGGAAUGCGCCGUUCCCGGCAAAAAGACGACUCCGUGGGAAGGUGGGCUGUAUAAGCUUCGCAUGAUUUUCAAAGAUGACUACCCAACGAGCCCGCCGAAGUGCAAGUUCGAACCGCCGCUUUUCCAUCCCAAUGUGUAUCCUUCGGGAACCGUGUGCCUGUCGCUGCUGGACGAAGAGAAAGAUUGGCGUCCCGCUAUCACAAUCAAACAAAUUCUGUUGGGCAUUCAAGAUCUGCUUAACGAACCCAACAUUAAAGAUCCUGCUCAAGCUGAGGCAUAUACAAUUUACUGUCAAAAUCGCAUGGAGUACGAAAAACGCGUCCGUGCACAGGCUAGAGCCAUGUCGUCGACUGACUAAACACUAGAGUUUCUUCUCAGUUUCUUAUUUUUCCCAUAUUUUUAUAUAAGGCAUUUACUUCCUUUUGACACCUGCUGUUACAUCAAUAGUACACAUUCAUUAUUGACUUGUGCUACUGUAAUAAAUUCAUGAUUCAGAAGCUACGAAAUUAAUGAAAGGAUGUUUUCUCUUAUCUAUAUAUUUUUUUGAUGAAAUGCUCUUAUGUAUAUUUGUUGAAAUGCUGUAUUUGUAUCAAAAGAGCGAAAAAAGAAUUGAGCAUGAAUGGAUAUGAGAGCUACGAUUAUAUUAUCAGAAGUCAGGCUAGUGUCCGGUUGCUGAAGAACAUUUUUAGUCGUAGUUAAGGGAAUCUUACAAAGCGAUUAAAAACAUAGGUGGUAGUAGGUCUGGUAGUAGUAGCAUCAACAACUCGCAGUAACCUGUGCGAAAUGCAAGCCGCUCCGGAACGAUACCAAUUCCAGCCCUUGAAAAUGCGACACUAUGGAGAAGUACAGCAGGACGGGAUCACGCACUGAAAUCAGCAACUCGCAUAAGCAAAGCAAUCUGUUGGGACCGUUUUGGAGGGAUUUUGCCCAUCGAGCGCUCGGUGAAUGGAGCGUCGUCAAAAUGGUGUUCAUAACGUUGUUAUUUUCCUACCUAUCUUAUGGAAAAACAGUCUGUGCGUGAUCUGACAGCGGGUCGUCCGGUACAUAUCCAAUUUCGACAGCGAAUAACCGCAUUUCAAGUAUUAAUAAACGUCUUUGAAUCUGUA